AUGGCUCCCUUCCCGAGCAAGCCAGAUCUGAGCGCCGGCGAGCGCCUGGCGAUGAUUGUCAAGCUUCUCACCAUCUUCCCCGUCAAGCUGGCCAUCAACAUUCUGCGCAUGCUCGUGCUGGCCGUCAUCUACCGCAUGAAGCCGCGCUCGGCGAUCUUGGCCGCCAUCGUCCGCACAACCUUUGGCACGCUGACAGGCAAGGAGAUUCAGAAGCUGCAGCCGACGACGCGUCAAGAGUACGGCAAGUUCAUCAAGUACGCGGCCAAGCGCUGGAGCGCGCCCAACUUCAAGAACCGCAUCGUCUACGACGUCCAGGAGCUCAACAAGGGGGUCGACGACUCGGCCAUUCUCUGGCUCGGCGACCGCAAAAAGGCCAAAAAGAUUGUCCUCUUCCUCCACGGCGGCGGCUAUGUCCUGCCAGCCUCCGACGGCCACUUCCUGUGGGCCUGGAACACCUACGUCAUGUCGGGCGUCGAGGCCGGCGUCGAGACGGCCGUCGCUUUCCUGCAGUACACACUGGCGCCACGUGGCGUGUUGCCCAUCCCGCUGCGCCAGACGGUCGCGGCUUACGAGGAGAUUCGCGCCGAGGGCUUCUCGCCAAGCGACAUAAUCGUGGGCGGUGACUCGGCUGGUGGCAACCUGACCAUGCAGUUCCUUGGCCACGCUCUCCACACGCAAGAGGGUGUUCCGGAGAUCAAGCUCUCUGAGCCUUUUGCCGGCGCUUUCCUUGUUUCGGCCUGGCUGGGCCAGAGCGACGACACCGAGUCCUUCCGCGUCUUUGGCAACAAUGACAUGGUCAGUUCGUCAAUUAUCCAGAAGCUGAGUGUGGAAUCGGUCGAGCCUCACAAGCGUAUCACCGUCAAGAAUCUGUCGGACCCUUGGUCGCGUCCUCUUGAGGCCGAAUACGGCUGGUUCCAGAAUUUUGACACUGUUGCGCCCAAGCUCUAUGUUACGUACGGCGGUCGGGAAGUCCUGCGCGACCACAGUCUUGCCAUGAUUGAAACGAUCAAGCGUGAAGCCCCUGGCGUAGACCUGCUCACUUACGAGGCUCCUCGAGAGCUUCACGAUGGUGCUCUCGUUGAGCAUCUUUUCAAGAAGCCCGACCACAACGCCAAGAAGAUGAAGUCCUGGUUCAAGGGUGUUAUUAUUCAAUAA